AUGAGUCUUGCAACGGCACAGCGCCCACAGAAACAUCACGACGAGCGUAACCUCCUCACGGAGGUUGAGUGUGUUUUGCUCGCGCUUUUGUCGCGGAAAUACGGAUUUGUUCUUUCUAAGCCACAAAAGAAGUCGACGACCGCUAAGCAAUUUGUGAAGGUUCGGACGCUAGUAAAAGAGAACGAAGAGUAUGAGUUCGAGCUCCAGAAAUUCAUCAAAGCGCGUACCUAUCAACGUGUCGAGAAAUUACAGAAAGAGGGAUUUCCGUUAAAAACAGCAAGACGCAAAACACAAUCAAUAAAGAGAAGUGAAGCGUUGUAUAUCUUUGAGGACUUACUCCUCGAGUUUGGGUAUAUAGUCUUCUUUGAAAAAAUCAACAGGGAAGGGAUCAAUGGCGACGUGCAAAUAUUUUGUAAUGGGAAGUUUGUGUAUGGCAAGGAUGAUAUCAGAACAAUUGGAAAUAAAGUCAGUGGUUUUUUAACACAACGCCUUGGUAAUGCUCUCUGUGAAAGCGUUGGUGUUGGAGAGUUGUGUCAGUUUUGUUUCUAA